AUGGAAGCGCAGGAAGGAAGCGGUGGGGAUGCGGGCGCCUCCCCUCGGAGGGAGUACCAAAGACCCAAAAGAAAAUGGCAUGACCACUCUGCUGCUGACCCCUGCAUCCCAGGGCUUCUAAUUUCCAAGCCUGAUGUCAUCUCUCAGCUGGAGCGUGGGGAAGAGCUAGAGAGAGAAGUAUCAAAAGCACCAGACUGGGAGACAAUACCAGAAAGCAAGGAGCUUACUCCAGAGCAGGAUAUUUCUGAGGAAGAAUCAGCCGCUGGUGUGUUAAUAGAAAGAUUCCCAAAGGAAAGUUCCAGUGAAUGUGAGGAUUCUUCAGAGAGUCAGGAGGAAAACCAUGAGAAACAUUUAAUACAGGAGGUUGUCACUCAGAAGAAAUCUUCUGGGGAGGGAAGUUACCAGUGUGAUGAAUUUGGGAGAAGUUUUAGUCAAAGAUCAUUACUUACUCAACAGCAAGGAGAGAGACUACAUAACUGUGAUUCAUUUAAAAAGAACUUAAAACAAAAUUCAGAUCUAAUGAGGCACGAGAAAAUUUGUACAGAGAAGAAACCUUGGAAGUGUAAUGAGUGUGAGAAAGCCUUUAGUUACUACUCAGCUUUUGUCUUGCAUCAGAGAAUUCACACAGGAGAAAAGCCCUACGAAUGUAACGAAUGUGGUAAAGCUUUUAGCCAGAGCAUACACCUUACUCUACACCAGAGAAUUCAUACUGGAGAGAAACCCUAUGAAUGUCAUGAAUGUGGGAAAGCCUUCAGUCACCGCUCUGCCCUUAUUCGGCAUCAUAUCAUUCAUACUGGAGAGAAGCCCUAUGAAUGCAAUGAAUGUGGGAAGGCCUUUAAUCAGAGCUCGUACCUCACUCAACAUCAGCGAAUUCAUACUGGAGAGAAACCUUAUGAGUGUAACGAAUGUGGGAAGGCCUUUAGCCAAAGCACAUUCCUUACCCAGCAUCAGGUCAUUCACACUGGAGAGAAACCCUAUAAGUGUAAUGAAUGUGGGAAAGCCUUUAGUGAUCGAUCAGGCCUUAUUCAGCACCAGAGAACUCAUACUGGGGAGAGGCCUUAUGAGUGUAAUGAGUGUGGGAAAGCCUUUGGCUACUGUUCAGCCCUGACUCAACACCAGAGAACUCACACUGGGGAGAAACCCUAUAAAUGCAAUGAUUGUGCCAAAGCCUUCAGUGACCGCUCAGCCCUUAUUCGUCAUCAGAGAACACACACUGGAGAGAAACCUUAUAAGUGUAAGGACUGUGGAAAAGCUUUCAGCCAGAGCUCAUCUCUUACAAAGCAUCAGAAAACUCACACUGGAGAAAAGCCCUAUAGAUGUAAGGAAUGUGGAAAAGCUUUCAGCCAGAGUUCAUCCCUUUCUCAACAUCAGAAAACCCAUGCUGGAGGGAAAACCAAAGAAUACGGAAAAGCGUUUAGUGAGCAUUCAGCCUUUGGCCAGCAAAAGAGAAUUCAUACUGGAUAAAGACUAUGUAAAUGUGGUACAUUCAGAACAUAUUUAUCGAACAAUUACUAAACGUGGUGUGAGGGCUACAAAGGAAUUUCAGAGUGUGUUACACAAAAGACAUUAAUUGAGAAGUCAUUGCUGAUACAAGGCAUAGCUUACUUAGAAUGUGAAGGAGGGGUUUUACAUUUUUUCAGUGCAGCAGAGGACUUUGAGUUUUCUUGGGGAAAGAGGAAGAUUAUUUCCAACCCUAAGGUGUAUGUAAGCUUCCAAAUCCUUGUGGGAGAAAUAGGGUGUGCGAUGAUGCAAAGAAGAGAUCUUGUCUGGGCUGGAUAGUCUCUCUUUUUUUUUUUUUUAAGAUUUUAUUUAUUUAUUUGACAGAGAGACACAGCGAGAAAGUGAACACCAGCAGGGGGAGGGGGAGAGGGAGAAGCAGGCUCCCCGCAGAGCAGGGAGCCUGAUGUGGGACUUGAUCCCAGGACCCUGGGAUCAUGACCUGAGCCGAAGGCAGUCGCUUAACCGACUGAGCCACCCAGACGCCCUGGGCUGGAUAGUCUCUUAAUGCUAAGGAGAUGAAGCUUUAAAGAGAUGAAGGUUUCUUUUCUUUUUUUUUUUUUUUAAGAGAUGAAGGUUUCUUUAGGGAAAUUGCAGAGGCAGAAAUAAGAGAUUAAGAAUUCACAAUGAGCUUGUCCGGGGUUUGGGAGUAGAGGUGGAAGGAAAGUUGUCCUUAGGCUUAAGUAUAAGGUCACUUAGGAGAUAGAUGAGAAGGUUUGAGAAAAAGAACUGGGGGAGUGAACUCAAGAAAUGUUGACUGAGAUAACUACUCAAAUGAGUGCUCCUAACCAGGGAAAAUAUUAGUCAGACUCAUUAGUUGGUCAGGUGCAAAGUUUCCACCCUGAUGCCAAGGAACAUUGGCCUGGCAGUCUGCUUCUGCGCUUUCGUCUUGGAGACCUUGCUUAUUGAUUCACAGCCUGCUAAGAAUCCUAUUAACUCCAGGGGUUAAGACUGACAGCCUAGAAAGAGAAGGUAUAGGAGGGACCUUUGAUGUUUUCAGUCUAUCUUAAGCUACCUAUUUUAAGCUAAGUUACCCGAGAAUGUGCUUAUUUAUAAAGAUUUUACCUCAAUCAUAUGUAGUUUGUACUUUAGACUUAUUCAUACCAUAGUCAAAUUAAGUUGUAGACCUGAGCUGACACUGCAUAUUGGAUUGUGAAAGAUUCGAAGGCUUUGAAAUACUUACCUUUCACCAUUUUAUUCUUGGGUAGAGGCACAUGACAGCCUUGUAUAUAUGUAUAUAUUUUUUUUCAUUGAAACUUCGAAGGUUAUUGCACAUAUUUUGAGUAUUGUGUUUUUAGUUUUCACAAGUUUGAUGAUAUUUCUUGAUAUGGAUUUCUUUGAGUUUAUCCUGUUUUCUGAACUUCAAUCUGUAGGUUUAUGUGUUUGGGAAUUUUUAGCCAUCAUUUCUUUGAACACGUUUUCCAGCCCUCACUCCUUUUCUCCUUCCAGGACCCUGAUGACACACAUGUUAGAUCUUUGAUUGUAGUCCCACAAGUUCCUGAGGCUCUGUUCUGUGUUUUGUUUUGUUUUGUUUCCAGUAUAUUUUUAUCUCAAUCUGCUCCGGCUACCAUAACAAAAUAAUGUAGAAUGGGGGGCUCAAACAACAGAAAGGAAUUUCUCACAGUUUCGGAGGCUGGGAAGUCCAAGAUCAAGGUGUCAGCUUUGGCCUCUAGUGAGGGCUCUCUUCCUGGAUUGCAGAGGGCCACCUUCUUGCUGUAGCCUCAUGAGGCCUUUUUUUGGUGCUUGCAUGGGAAAAGAGAGCUCUCUCCUAUUUCCUAUAAAGCUGCCAGUCCUAUCUGGUUAGGACCCCAGCCUUAUAACCUCAUUUAACCUUAAUUACCUCUGAGAAGCCCUGUGUCCAAAUACAAUCACUUUGAGAGUUAGCACUUCAACAUAUGAACUUGGGGGACGCACAAUUCAGUACAUAGCAUUCUGCCCCUAGCUCCCCCAAAUUCAUGUUCAUGCAAAAUACAUUUGCUCCAUCCCAACAACCCCUCAAAUCUUAACUCAUUGCAGCAUCAAGUCUGAAGUCUUACCUAAAUAUCACAUAAAUCAGAUACGGGUGAAGCUUAAGGUAUAAUUUAUCCUGAGGCAAAAUUCUUGUUCAGCUGCAAAUCUCUGAAACCAGUUAAGUUCUAUGCUUCCAAAAUAUAAUUGUGGGACAGGCAUUUGAUAAAUAUCCUCAUUCCAAAAGAGGAAAGAAGGAAGGAGUGAGAGGUCCCCAGCAAGUCUAAAACCCAGCAGGACAAAUUCCAUAAAAUCUUCAGUCUUGAGAACAAAUGCUGUUUGGCUUGAUGCCCCACCUUACAGACCCACUGAGGCAGUGAUCCCACGUUUUGGACCCACUGGUACAGCAGUCUCACCACCAAGGCUCUGCUGGCCUAUUGAAACUGAGAUGAUGUCCCUACCCUUUGAAACAGGAGGCAGCAAUGAUCCUGAAAUUGACUUGAGUCACUCUUUUUUUUUAAACAUAAAGCAUGUUCAUGGCUGAGUAGCUUUAUUGUCCAGUCCUGUAGGAUCGAAGAAGUUGGACAGUCUUCCUCCAUUUGUCUAGUUUUUCUUCCCUUGGGUGUCAGCUGGCUUGUUUCUGCUGGUAUAAUCCCUGGCUUCUGUGGAGAUGCCUGAACUUAAUCACACCCAUGAGUCACACCCAUGAUCUCUUUUUCAAAUGGUUGUUCAGCCACACCCUUAGUGUUCUCGGCAGAACAAGCUUUCUCAUAUUUUGCAACAUGGGUGGACAGAAUUUUCUAAAUCUCCAAGUUCUGGGGUUUUGUUUUGUUUGGUUUUUUGUUGUUGUUGUUUUUGUUUUUGCUUAACAAGUCUUCUUCAAUUUAUCUCUCACCUCUCAUAUUUUUAUAAGCAGUAAGGAGGGCCCGAGCUGCACCUUUAACACUUUGCUUGGAAAUCUGUGUUGAAUGUCCAUAGUUUCUUCGCUCGCAAGUUCUACCUUUCACAAAACACUAGAACACCAUUCAGCCAAGUUCUUUACCACUUUACAAUAAGGACUGCCUUCCUUCCAGGUUCCAGUAACGUGUUCCUCAUUUCUGUCUGAGAUUUCAUCAGAGCAGCCUUUAACAUCCAUAUUUAUAGUGUGCACCUCAAAACUCUGCCAUCCUCUACCCAUUACUCAGUUCCGAAGGUACUUCCACAUUUUUAGGUAUUUGUUAGAGCAGCAUCCCUCUUCUAGGUGCCAAAAUCUGUUAAUCUGCUUGGGGGUGCCAUAACAAAAUACCAUAGACUAGGGGGCUCACACAACAGAAGUUAAUUUCUCACCAUUCUAGAGGCUGGGAGGGCCAAGAUCAAGGUGUCUGCUGAUGGGUUUCUGGUAAGAAGGUUCUCUUCCUACUUGUGGAUGGCCACCUUCUUGCAGUGUCCUCACAAUCCUUCCUCAGUGCGUGCGUGUGCAGAGAGAAUUCUCUCUUACAAGGCUACCAAUCCUAUCAACUUAAGACCCCAUACUUAUGACCUCAUUUAACUUUAAUACCUUCUACAAACCCUAUCUCUAAAUACAGUCACAUUGAUUAGGGCUUCAACAUGAAUUGGUGGUUGGGGGAUGGUUGACACAAUUCCAUCCAUGGUAAUUUUCUUUCUGUUCAGAUUGGGUAUUUUAUAUUGUUUUAUCUUCAACUUCACUGAUUCUUUCCUCUGCUUCUUCCAUUCUGAUGUUGACUCCAUCAUUGGAUUUUAUUUCAGUGAUAUUUUUCAGUUCCAUUUGAUUCUCUGUAUUCUAUUUCUUUAGUGAAACUAUUUUCUAAAUUUGUGUCAAGCAUGUUUGUCAUUGCUCAUUGAGGCAUUUUAAUGAUGGCUGUUUUAAAAUCUUUUAUCAGGUAAUUCUAACAUCUGUGUCAUUUUGGCGUUGGCAUCUGUGGGUUGUCUUCUCAUUCAAGUUGAGAUUUUCCUUCUGUGUGUGCUGGCAAUUUUCAGUUGAAAUCUGGGCAUUUUGAGUAUUAUGAGGAUCUGUGUCCUAUUUAAAGCUUCUGUUUGGGCAGGCCUCUGUGGAGAAAGGGUUGGGGGGAUACUGCUUAUUACUAUAGGUUGGUGUUGGAAGUGCAGGGUCAUCAUUGGCCUCUGCUGACACCUGGAUAGGGGGCCUCACUCCGGCAGGUAGGGGUGGGGGUUACAACUCCCUACCAGACCUCUACUGACACCACACCAGCAAGGAAGGGGAGAGACGUCUCUGGUUAGGAUUGGAAGCCUACUCCCCGCGUCGUCUUCAGUGGAUGCUGCCAGGGUAGGAUGGGGAAAGAGUUGGUUUGGAAAAUUCUGUCCUGACUUGACCCUCUCUGAUACCAUUGUGGUGUGGGGGUGGAGCACUGAGGAAACUCGUUACAGACUGGUAGAAGUGUAGCCUCCCCACUUGGUCUUGGGUCUUCGGCUGGAGUAGGAUGGUUAUUGUCUAAAAGUUUGUCUUCCUAGGCCACUUCUUUCCUCAUCCUUUUUCCAGAAAGAACAGACUUUUCUUGGCCCUCCCCCCCGCCCCCCAGCUUUUUUUUUGGUCUGUGCUCAUUGGCAUUUCUCGGUUGCCAGCUUCUUCAGAAUCCAGUCUGGGAUAGAUGAGGCAAAAGGAAAACCCAAGGACCUCAGUGCUGUGGUGUUCUUCAGGUCCUGAGGUGCCCAACUGGUCUGCAUUCUUUCCACCUUUCAGAAUCUUACGUUGUUUUAUACAGAAUGUCCAUUGUUUUUAGCUGUACUUUGAGAAAUAGGGAAAAGCACUACUACAUAUUCCCCAUGACAUCCUUUAAUUUGACACCAAAAUAGCAGGUCAAGUUGUUGUCAGAUUUUUGUGGCAUACAUAGGUCAUUUGCAACCAGUUAGAAUUAAGUACCAAGAGGAGUGCUCACUUGUUCUUCAAUAAAAGUUACCACAUUGGUAGGUAGGAACUACCAGGCUGCAAGCUUCAUCUAGCUUUCAAGGAACUAUAGUGUUUAAGUUGAGGAAAUGCCAGUAUUUAAUUGUAGAUUAUAAAUUUCAGAAGGAAGGAUAGAUAUGAUUAAGAAUAUAAACAUAUAAACUAUUGUGUUAAUUUUUUUAAUUUAUAGCUUUGUUCCAAGAGCAUGUAAAAACCACUGGAGAAUUGAAUUCAGAAUUUUGGUGUGCUUUUUUUUUCUAUAAUGUAUUACCUGUAUGUAGAUAUCUGUUCAUUUUAAUUUGAUAUAUAACACAGGAUAUCAUAGAGAACCAACAAAGAAUGAAAAUAAUUGGGAUUUGGGACAAAUCACUUCAUCCUUUUAAAUCUGUUUCCUCAUUUGUAUAUUUUUAAAAAAUGUAAUACCUCCUUCAGAGUGGCUAGAUUAUGUAGAUAAUGGAUGCAAAGUGAUUUGCAAGCUGUCAAGUGCUAUAUAACUAUUAGGUGUUGUUGACAUAGUCAUUUAAGGCCUGUUCAUCAUGUAUGCUUUAUGAUGGUGUAGUCCAAUAAAAAUGAUGAAUAUAAUGGAAUGUGUCUUUUUAUAUUUUCUUAAAAAUAACUUUUCUUGGACAGAAGUAAAAUGUGUAUCUUUUGAGAUGAUCAUAUGGUUUUCUUUAAUCUGUUAAUGUGGUAAAUUAUAAUGAUAGAUUUUUUUUUUAAGAUUUUAUUUAUUUAUUUAUUCAUGAGAAACAGAGAGAGAGAGAGAGAGGCAGAGGGAGAAGCAGGCUUCCCGCGGAGCAGGGAGCCUGAUGUGGGACUCGAUCCCAGGACCCUGGGAUCAUGACCUGAGCCGAAGGCAGACACUUAACCAUCUGAGCCACCCAGGCACCCGAUAGAUUUUUUUUUUAAUGAUAGACUUUCUAAUGCCAAAAAUACUUGCAUUCUUGGGAUUAUCCAACUUCCCACUUCUGAAAGAGUUUGUUAGGGUUCUCCAAAAACACACAACCAAUAGGAUAUAUAUAUUCUAUUGGAUAAAUAGUGAUAUUUAUUAUAAGGAAUUGACUCAUGCAUUUAUGGAGACUGAUGUGCCAUGGCCUAUUGUCUACAAGCUGGGGACCCAGGAAAACUGGGAGUGUCAUUCCAGCCCAAGUCCAAAGCCUGAGAACCAAGAGCACCAAGGGCAGAAGACCAAUGUCUCAGCUCAACAGUCAGGCAGGGAGAGCUAAUUCAACCCUCGGCCUUUUUGUUCUAUUUAGGCCCAUAACAUAGUGGACGAUGCCCACCCUCACUGGAGAGGCACUCUGAUUUUUCUCAGUCCCCCAAUUCAAAUGCUAAUCUUUUCUGGGAACACCUUCACAGACACACCCAGAAAUAAUGUUUAACCAGGUAUUUGGGCAUCCCUAGCCCCGUCAAACUGAUACAUAAAAUUAACCAUUACACUAAUAUAUUUUUAUCAGUUAGUCUUGUUCUAUUUGCCUUUCCCCUCUUCUUUCUUGUUUCCUUUUGGAUUGAUUAAUACGUUUUAUUUCUUACUUUACAGGUUUGAAAUGUAUAUACUCUGUUUCUAUUCUUUUUAAUGGUUAUUGUUAACAUUUUUAACAAGCUGAAUUAUAUUAAAGCAUGUUUAACUGAAA